CGAUCCCAGACGGUCUGAUCCAGGGCAGCAUCCAGCCUGUUGCCGUCACCGCUGCGCGCUCUCGUCUGCCUUGGCAAUGCAGGCGCUGGCUGUUCUGACCUUCUGCGCGUUCUUCGGGGGGACAAAAAUGGCAGAUUUCAACAUUUCCAGUGUCUCUGGUGUCCUCUCACCAGCAUUGGCCGAGAGCCUCCUAAUGGCAGUGCCCCCGUGCCAAUUCACCGGGGCAAAUGCCAGCAUCCACAUCAUACAUCCCAAUGGAACCACAGACGUCAGGCACUUCACUGUGCCCCUGUGCCGUGGCAGGCGUGAGCUCGUCAGCGUGGUGGACAGCACUGGGGGCUUCACUGUGACCAGACUGGAUGCUUACCAGAUCACAAGACUGACUCCAGGACACACAUACACCAUUUCUUACUCUGUCUUCAACAAAGACCGUUCUGUAUCCAAAAGCAACAGCAUUGCCAUGGGCACUUUGAAUAGUGCCCUGGGCUCUCUCCCCCUCAGGAGUGGAUUACAGAAGCAUACCUGCAGACAUGUCACGCAGUGGAGGAAUGGUGGUGAUCACAGUUCUCCUCUCCAUCGCCAUGUUUGUCUUGGUUGCUGGCCUCAUUGCCAUGCUGGCAAUCACGAAAUGCAAGUGAAGCAGGACUGCCUGGACAUGCCGAGACAGUGGCUUUCCCUGCAGAGUCGCGCUGCCAUGAGAAUGCGCGAGGGUGACCCGCAGAGGAACACAGCCUGGCUGCUACCUCCUCUUUUUCUCUUUGUUUCUGUUUCUUGUGGGUAGAGACGCCUGGAUAACCUUCCCUGUAAAGCAUUUCCCUUCUUGUUUGUCACCUUAGAAGCUCAGGCCUUGGCUGCCCUGUUUGCUCUGGAGGCCUGGGAACGAUUGGAGAAUAAGCAGGAUUUUAACAUCUGGUCUGCGUGCACAUUUUGUGCUGUACUGAGGUUGGAGGGCGGGUUACCAAAAUAAUUACACUGGUAUAGUCAGCAUGGUAAGAGUGGGAACACUGCAUUUCAGGUGCCUUACGAUGGUCAAGAUCAGGAGUUCUCAAACAUUUUUGUACCAGGACCCAUUUGUAAACAUUGAUGGCCAGUCCCGACCCAAUAAAUAGUUUAAGUAGAAAACAGCUCCAUGGGCCCUCAUGCCUGACCUGCUGCCCCCACCCCCAGGCCCCAGCCCCCCAGUGUGUGGGGCAGGGGAGGCCCCCAAGCAGCCCCUUGCAGGCUGCAACUCUGCCAGCCUUCAAGUGAAAACCCACAGGCUCCCACAUUUUUCUCCUCUAAAGGAGAAUCCACUUUUAAAAGUUUAUUCGUGACCCAUUCAUAUAUUCUUGCAACCCACUUUUGAAUCACGACCUGCAGGUUGAGAAAUGGCGGUCCCGACGAUGCCCCCCCAUAUGCAAGAACAAGCCACGCUGGUACAAAUGCUUUUAUAAUCUACCCAAGCUAGCAGCUGUGCACGGUUACGGUCAGAGCAGCGUGGCUUUUUACACGCAGGCACAGCCUUAGUAAGUUAAGUGUCAGGAGAUUUCAGUGGGGAGGGAGGGAGGGAGGAAGGAGUUGGAAGCAGAUGGGAAGGAUUUGGACCCUUUCAAACUGUCGUUGUUAAUCCCCGUUGAUACCUUAAGGCUCCUGAAGAGGCGGCGUUUGUUAGGGGUUCUCUCCUUCGACGCGGGCUGGACAGAGAUGCUAGAUCAAACCUUUGCUUCUUCCGAAGAGUCCUUCAGUCACAAACAGGACAAACCAGCUUGCCAUCCCCGAGAUGCCUAACACAGAAGCCAAACAAAAAUUAAGGCAAAGCCCUACAAAACUUUCAGCCUUGCUCUAUGGAUAUUAAAAGUAGUAAACAUAGGGUACAAAUCCAUUCCUCUGUGCUGCACAUGACCUUUAAUGCUGUAUCCUCUGCUUAAACAAAGUGCUUGGCCAGGCUGGCACUGCAAAGCUUUCCCAGCACAGCUUCAGUGGUUGGGAGGUUAGAAAAACCAUUGUGCACCGCGAGUCUCACUCCCACUGGGCUCCUGCAGAGACAUUAGGUAUCGUAGCACCUGUGCUGGCUGCAGCGUCUGGGAAGAGCUGGGGCACGCUGGACUGUUCCUCAUAAGGGAUGGUGGGGAAAUGCUCUUUAGAGCAAGAGCUAAGUGUGAUGUCUUUGCUUUCACCUCCUCUCAUUUCUUUGGUCUAAAUGCUUUCCCUUGAGUGCUAAUACAUCAGAUGUGCAUGAACUUUAUCUUCUGCAGGGGGCUCCUCUUUCUUCUGCACCCAAGGAUGGCAGUCCAAAAGGCAUUAAAACAUGAUCUUCUCUUGAAAAGAA